AUGCUUGCACAUAGAAAUUCAAUUCUUCUUUAAAAAAUGUAUAUAUUAUGAAUAUAUAAAGGCAAAUUUAUAGGAGAGUAUUUUCUACUUUUUUGGGUUAUUUGCAACUAAUGCAAUCAAAGUUAUCAUUAUUGAAUUUCCAUUAGAAAUUUAUAGUUUAAAUCAUUUAGCCAUUUCUUUAUGAUAUUACAAUAAAGUUCGCUAUUAUUGGCAGAUAUUUAAGUAUUUAAAUUAAAUUUUAUUACAAAAGGAAAUCCUUAAUUCAAAAAAUGGAGGAUGAAGUUUCAGCAAAAGUUCCAUGUAUCUGA